GCGUGUUGGCAGGAAGUCUACAAAAACACUGUGUGCUACUGUUCUCUCCUCUGUGCCAGUGUGUUGGUGCACAGAGAUAAACUCUUAUUUGAAAUGCAUUUGAAACAAACAGGAUACUGCGUCGGUGUCCUUCUCAUUUACUCCAUCACAACAAUAACUUUACCUUCAGGGAGCUGGUGUGAGACACGGACUGAAAGGACCUCUGGAGGGCCUGAACAGACACUCAGACCCAGAAUGGCGUCCACUUCAACUAACAAGCACCGGAACAAACCGAAGCCAAACGAAGGGGAGUGGAUGUAUACUUCACUUAACCCGCCAAAUGAAGACUGUAGCAAAGGGAGAGUUGAGCAUAUCAUCCCAGGGACGUUUUAUAUUACUGGUCAACUGGAAACACGCACUAAUGUGGGCUACCAAGCAGAUGCUGCUGUUUCAGUCCAGGCUCAGCGAGGUCAGGAGAGGACCAGAGGUCAGCUGGUCAGCGGCUCAGAGGAGAGCUGGCAGAGGCUGCAGCCCGUGGUGGCGUGUGGAGACGAUGCCAUGACCCUCACUGUCAGGAGGAGACGGGCUGUACAACUACGGCUGGACCGAGUGAACGAGUCAUCUUUGCCCCUGUCCCAGCUACCACCACAGUGUGGCUACUCUGUUCAGACCACAUGGAGAGACCUCAGUCUAAUGGUUCAGUAUGAUGCCUGUCACGUCACACAGGAGGAUGACCGUUACGUGUUGCCUCUGCUGUGGAGGGGGACUCCAGUCAAGAUGUCCUGUCCAGCUUCUCAGAUCCAUCCUCAGGCCUUGGGCCCUUUCUCUCUCUGCUGCUCCCUGUAUGGUAUGACCGUCAAAGUGCAGGGACUCUACGCUACAGAGGAGCUGAGGGUAAAAGUCAGAGGAGAAUGGACCCCUCUGGUGGUGUUAGCUGAGCAAUGUGGCUACACACUGGACAGACAGGAUGCUGAGAUGGUUAUCACUGCUCCAUUCAUUGCGUGUGGCGUCACAGUAAAAGAUGGAAAAUACACCCUUUCUCUUCAGAUGGGAGAGAAGACGUUCACACUGGCCUGUCCUGAAGAAGUCCCACUCACCCAUCAGCCUCUGGUCAACAGCCCUCAGCAUCUAACCAGAGAGCCAGCUGAGCAUGUACCUUUACCAUGGGCUCCACCUUUCUACCUGGCCCCGCCUUACUAUCCCCACCCUACAUAUCACCACAAGUAUCCUAGUCCUGAUGGACACGAUGCGUAUAACCCUCCUACUCCCUCACCCUUGACUCCUGACCCUACAUCUGGCCCACAGCCUCUCUCUCCUGUUGAUUCCCAGCGAGACUCUCAGGACUACUACCCCGACCAGAUUCCUGUCAGGGAGUCUUAUAAACAUUUCCACAGUUCGCUGUCUUCUACGGACGAUGCGGAGGAUUCAGGUCGGGUGGAUCCAGAUCUGCAACAAAAGCAAGAACCUCCCGUCUUAGUUGUCUCCGAGAGGCCCAGUGCUGCACAUCCUCCCCCCUCAGAUACAGGCUUACCGAGUCAAAUAGAACCACCUCGUCUCCAGCCCCCAAGCCACGCCUUCAAUCCAUACUAUCACUACUACCAUCACCCUAAAAUCCCUCUUCCUGGCCCACCUCAGGACCCUGAUCCAGGUUCUGAGCUUCCUAGAGAACUGUCUUUAACUAAUCCUCAUCACCCUGAAUAUUUAGUGUUGCCCCCCAGCGUGCAGCAGUCUGAGGCUCUCCGCAGAGUUAACUCACACCAGUUCCUUCAGCCUACGCCUGAGGCUGCCUCUCAUCCUUACACCCUUCUGACAAGUCCUCCCAAAACCUCUGCACAUUAUACACCUCAUCCUCCACAGCCCUAUCCCUACCACUACUCCUAUUACUUUCCACAUAUUGCUAGGGGCGAGACCAAGCGACUGGCUCCUCUCAGUACCGACACGGCUGCAGAAAGAAAUUUGUCUGAUGAUCAAAACACAAAGUCAAGCACCUUUGUUCGUCCACAUCCUCACUCAUCACAAGUUCAUGACAAAUACAACGUAAAUCCUUACACUGAUUCACAAAACUCAGAUGAAAUGAUUAACUUUCAAAAAACCAGCCCAGAAGGGAUCAAACAUCCACUUUUUGAUGAUGAUGUAAAAGCAGAGCUGGAUGACAAAGAGAGACGCUCUGCCCCUGAGACUCCCCUCCCCCCUACUCACCCUCCUGGACCAGAUGCUGCUGCAGCUCCUCCUCCUGAACAAACCUCUCUCCCCACGAUGCCACCCAACCACAAUCUCCCUCCUUACCCACACUACCACCACCCGUAUUAUCACUACUAUCAGAUGUAUUAUGGACCUGAGAGUUUACUCAGCGCUGACAAUCAUGUGUCUCCAAUUUCAUCCAAAGAAGCUUUAGACCCUCUGCCGCAUGCAUCUUCCUCCCCACCAACACGGCAUCCGCCCUAUCGCAAACAUCAAACCACUACUCCACCCACAAAGCCAAUCUAUGAUGCUCACAAUGGCCCCCUACAUCCUUACUACUACUAUUACCACCUGUACUACCAGCCUGAAGUGUCGGUGCACAACCAGGAAGUACAUCCUGCAGGCGGUAUGAACUCUGAAAGAGCAUCAAAAUCAGACUACAGCGGGAUGGAUUGGAUGGUUCAUAAUUCUGAGGAAGGAUAUCCCAGCAUCCCUCCGCUAUUUUACAGUCCCUUUCACAACCUCAAUUCCCAUUAUAUCACUCAGCAACAUCCAUAUGAUCCCUUUGGGCGUCCUGGUGGAGAAGAAGCAGAAGAGAGGCUCGAUACUGAAAUGAAAGAUCACCUCAAGGCCAACUUGUCCACUCCCUCUGCCUCGCCCUGUGGCCUUGGCCUCGUGUCAGAUUUAGACUCUUUGGGCUGCUGCUCGUAUUCUGUGAAGGACUGUACAAAGGGACAGCAUUUCAUCUUUGCGGUGCCAGACUCUGUACUGGAGCCCACAGUGGCCCUCCCUGCUCGUCCCUUUGAGCUCAGUAAUGUGUCCUGCGUGCUGCAGAAGCUGACCUCUGACCCUGACAUCUACUCUGUCCCCCUGGAGGGCUGUGGAGUAAACAGACAUGUGUUUGGUCAGACAGUGGUUCAUCUGUUGGAAGUCCAUGGUGUCCACUCUCUUCAACAAGACCACAGUUCUGUGCUUGAGAACUCUCCUGUCAGGUUGAUGGUGGAGUGUAGUUCCUCUCCAGGUUCUCCAGGUGAAGUGAGGCUCCAUGUGAUGGAUCGACCUCCACCACCUCCCAUUCAGUCUACACCAGCCACCAUCGCUGUGCAACUGAGAAUUGCCACAGACGAGUCCUUCACCAGCUUCCACCCUGAGCCUCACCUGCCUCUCAGCCUCAUGCGAGGCAGACCUGUUUAUGUGGAGCUGAGCCUGCUGGACCCCCCAGAGCCCGGCCUGGUGCUGCUGGUUCACUCCUGCCUGGCUUACACUCAAGCUCCGGACACCAGCUGGAUGCUCGUCUAUGACGGCUGUCCCAGCCCGGGUGAUUCACAGCUACUUCCUUCCCCAAACCCUGACCCCCACCACAUCUGGAGGAUCGUGAUCUCUGGCUUCCUGUCUUUGCCCGCAGAAAGUCCCUCCCACAUGGCUGAAGGAGGACACGCUCACCUGGAGGACCCAGAGAUCUACUUCUUGUGCUUGACAGAGGUGUGCUCUGCUGCAGAUGGUGACUGCACUGUCGGCUGCAUCAACAGUCCCAACAGUGACGUGUGAGCAAUGAAAUAAACACUUAACACAACUGCA